CUGUGUGUUCAUUCAGAGCUCAGGCGCUCAGACCAUCACACCUCUCUUUUCUUUUGUCUCCGUCUUUGUCCCCCGUCCGUCUGUCCGUCCGUCCGUCCGUCCAUGCCAAGGAUGUCCACCCUCCGGCCUCUGCCUCUCCUCAGACCUCUGCUGCUGCUGCUCAUCCUGCUGACUGCUGUUUGCCUGACGGAGAAUCACAACGAGGAGCUCAGCGACCACACGGCGUUCCCAGAAUACGACUACAACGCCACCUUCGAGUACAGCUUCUACAGUAACAGCAGCAAUGAAGACCUGGAGAAUUUCCAACAGCAGUUCAUAAACCCCCAAGAGGAAGAGGAGGAGGAGGAGGAUAGCAGAACUUUAGGACAGAAGGAGGAGCAGGAGGUUACGACAACAGAGAAGAACAGUGUCAGACCUCACAACUCAGCAUCACUUCCUGUUUCUCUGGACCUCCGGCUGCUGCUCUGGACUCCGGUGGUCUCGGUGGUCCUGAACUCACGGCAGCUGUGACACAAACUGUUGGCUGACACACAAACGCACGCUUCAGCCCUCCUGUAGGAUCACCAGAUCCAGGACGACCAUGGAGGUGCCACCACCCUGAACGUCCUCCAGCCUCGUGGCUGCUGGAGGGUUGGGACCGGCAGCGGCCUCAGCCAAUCACAGAGCUGCUUUCUCUGGAGCGCAGAUCAAAGCCCGGCUCACUGCUUCUAAAAGAGAUGAACUUUAAUUAGACUUUGAAUCAUUUCACAGGGAGAGACUGUCGUGCUUUUCAAAUCUGCAGAGGAGCAGGACGGGGAACCUUUUAUUAGAUUGAAAUUACAUUAUCAUUUGGAAAGACAAACCCUUUUAUUUUGCAUUAAAUGGAUAAGGAAGUCAUUCAGAUAAACAUAGUUUUCUAAUGGCAAAUAUUUUGUCAUGUAUGUCUCUGUUGCGACCAAAGAAAUCCCCAAAAAGCAGGUUUUUAUUUGUGCCGCAGCUUUUAUCCAAAGCAAAAAACAGGUUUUGGGCACAAUUUAUAGAUGUUUGUGCGAAAAAAUGAAAACAUGAAUUCUUCUCUGAAGAUCUGAGGUCAACAGACAACUUUUCCUCCACCUGUGAACACGUUCCACAUUAAAAGUUACUCUUAUGCAAAAUGUUUUUGAAACCUUUGUGUUUUUGAGCCUGUAUUUUUCGUUCAUUCAUUUUACCAAAGCUUUUCUGUUUCCCGUUGAUGUCAAUCAGCCUUUUCUGCCGCUGAAGUUGAGGAUCUUUCGUGUUCUUCUCCAUUCCUAAACACAGAUUUUGUCUCUUCUGAAGUCUGAAAUCUGCUCAAACCUGGCCGUCGGUGAGCUUCCAUAGAGUCAAAUUUGUCUAGAAGCCUCCACGUCUGCAGACUCAGUCCAGACUGUUUUCUCAACCCGUUUCAUUCUAAACUGUCCUGCAUCUUCUUGAAACCUGGGAUCUUUUUAAAGGCCUUCAUGAAAACUGUUUCACUGUGAAUUCAUCCUCUGCACUUUGUCAACCAGCAGCACUUAUCAGCUCACUUUCCGUGUUUUUUCUCCUAGAAUCAAUAAUGAAACAUUAAAUUUGAAUGUAAACAAAAAGGGAAUCAUUCCGAGUGUAUUUUAUGACAAAUCGAACAUUUUGUCCAGCAGGUUCAAGUGGAUUCUGUUCCGCUCCGUCACACUUCAACAGUUUUAAUAGAAAAUGGUUUUGGGGGUAAAUAGAUUUGUGUUUAAAUUCCAUCAGUGACAUUACAAAAAAGGAAAGUUUUUAUGAAGUUUUAAGAAGAAAACCAUUGUUUUUAUGAAUUGUUUAUCAUUUGUGUUUUUCAAUAAAAUGUUUCAAAUGGUUUUUUUGUGUGUGUAUGCACAUACAUAAAAAUGUUAUUUCAUAUUAGAACAUUUAAUAUUAUCAUAAAAUAACUUGUUGAUGAAGAAAACAGAGAUUGUUUGUAUGAGAUGCAGUUCAGUUUUUUAAUAAAGAUAAAAACA